UGAAGGUAGUGACACCAUUUUCCGGAAAUACUGUAGUAUAGCAAAUACUGUAGUUAACGGUACAGGUGACAGCAACGGAAGAAGUAUAGCUGGCGUUGGCGUUGAUAUUGAGAUAUAAAAAUUGCUGUGUUUGUGUACCGAACCCCAGAUCGAUGGCGGACCCACCGUCGGGAGGGCCCGAGCCCCAUCCCACAAACAGCCAAGAAACCACCGCCAGCUGUGCAGGGGACGACCUGCGAACCAGAACGACUAGCGACACGGCCAACCUGCUGAACGAAAACCGGAAACGAACUCGGAGUGGCGAUGCCUUUACACCGGCGGACCCGGCGGGCCGAAUCACCACUAAGGAGGUGUGGAAACUCAUCGGCUCCCUGAAAGACAUUAUCCGCCAUCAAACCGCAGCGAUCGAAGCCACCCAGAACGAGCUCCAGGAGAUUAAACAUAGCCAGCAUGUCCUCCAGGAACAGAACGACAAGCUUCAUGAGGAGCUGAAGGCUGUGCGAGCACGAGUCGAAGCUACGCCACCAACGACCCCAGCCAGAUCCUGGGCAGAAGUUGCGGCAGAAAGCGCUCAGGGUCCACCCCAAACUCCGCAACGAGCUGAGAAAGAAGCAAACUGCGUCCGAAUCAGCACCCAGAGAACAUUCGUUGACCCGAGAGAUAAUGAGAACGCCGAUGGGAACACGUUUGCACGAUAUCUUUCAACCGAGGCGGCAUUCACCCACAUCCACACCGCACUCACGAAAGCUGUCACGACACAAGACGCCCAGGUAGCCGGGGUUGGCACCACCAAGACAGGAUAUAUAGUUCGAUUCAAAGACCCAGAAUCGGCCGAAAUAGCCCGCAGUAAUACUGAGUGGCUGGAAGACUUGGGCAAUAACACCAAACUGGUAAAGCCACGGUUCGGUGUGGUCGUGCAUCGAACUCCAACAGAAGACCUCAACCUAGAAACCGACUAUAACCAGGUGAUAGAGAAAAUCACGGAACAAAACGAUCUUGCGGAACAAGGCCACCGCAUCGAGGAGGUGGUAUGGCUCAAGAGAGCAGAUAAGGCCCUCGGGAAGUUUGCAUCCCUGGGAAUCUGGCUCGACUCCCCAGAAGGGGCGGAUCAUUUCAUCAACAGAGGCUUCGUGAUCGACAAACGGUACAUAGGGAGCGUAGAGCGACGUGAGAUUAAGAAAAAGAGGUGCUUCCGAUGCCAACGAUUCGGACACUUGGCAUGGUCAUGCAAAGAGACCCCGCGGUGUGGACACUGUGCAGGUCCGCACGAACGGCAGCGAUGCCCACCAGGAAUCAGGGCCCAGUGCCUCGACUGCAGCGGCGAACACGCGACUGGGGAUCGACAAUGUCCAUCUCCUGCGACCCCUAACCCCAACCGAUGCUAG